GAGACUGAGUAAGGUUGGAUAUAGGGUUUCAAGUAUUUGAGUUGAGAUUGAAAACUUCUAAUCAGCUAAUUAUUCAGCAAAAGGAGUUAGAGACUGAUCAAACAUGCCUUUCAUUUUGACUUCUGUAUCUCUCUCUAUUUAAUAAUAACAAUUUUUCUUUUAAAAUCCCAAACAAGCCUCAAUGUCUCUUGAUAAAAAGGCUCUAGAACCACACCACCAACCAAAAGAGAUCCACCAUUCAAAAAAAAAAAAAAACUAAAAGAGAUCCAUGAAAAUCACAAGACUAUAGAGAGAGAGAGAGAGAGAGAGAGAGAUGGGGAGGGCUCCCUGCUGUGACAAGGCAAAUGUGAAGAGAGGGCCAUGGUCACCAGAGGAAGACACAAAGCUUAAGGAGUUCAUGGACAAAUAUGGAACUGGUGGAAAUUGGAUUGCUCUGCCUCAAAAAGCUGGUUUAAAGAGAUGUGGGAAGAGCUGUAGGUUGAGAUGGCUAAACUAUCUGAGGCCUAACAUCAAACAUGGUGAAUUUUCUGAUGAAGAAGAUAGGAUAAUCUGCACCUUGUUUGCUAACAUUGGUAGCAGGUGGUCAAUCAUAGCUUCUCACUUACCAGGCAGAACUGACAAUGAUAUCAAGAACUACUGGAACACCAAGCUCAAGAGGAAGCUCAUGGGGUUAUUACUUCCCUCUAACCACCACCACCACAGAAAACCACCACCAUACCCACCCCCACCACCUCUUCAACCACCACACUCACAACUUCCAUCACUAUCACCACCACCACCACCACUACCGCUGUACAAUUACAACCCAAUCAUAACAGGCCUUCAUGAUCAACCUAAUCUCAUGAACAACAACAACAACAACAACAACAACUAUUACAACUCUUCUCUUCUUCAAAUUCAAAGCCAAGAGAGCUUGUUCAGUCCCAUGCAGUACUACUCAGUGUUUGGAGGUGAUCAAGCAAGUUGUUCCUCUUCUGAUGGAAGUUGUAGUCAGAUCAGCAUCAAACAAGAGGACAUGGUUCUUCAGAGUUACAUGUCAUCAAGUAAUGGGCACCUUGAAGAAGACCAAAAGUUCAUGGCUGGUACUGAUGAUUAUGGCAACAAUGGAGGUGAUAAUGACAUAUUUGGUACAUGGACUGAUCAGAAGCCGAAUGGGUAUUUUGGGAAUAGUUCUAGUAGUAUUCCUCCAUUAGAGUAUGAUCUUGAGGAAGUUAAGCAACUCAUUAGCAAUGGUAAUGGAAUUAGCUGCCAUGACUGGCUUUUUAGGUCUCUUUAAGACUAGACGACCCUCCAGUCUUAAUAAUAUGGGUGUAACACGAGUUUUUUUACCAAUUGAAUUUUGUUUUUGGUACAGAUUCUCCAACUCCAAGCAAUUUUUAAUUUAUUUCUCA